UGCUCACUUGGCAUCGACGUGGCAGUUGUUAAGAGAUGACAGUACACGCAACCGCUGAAGCAAGUUUCGGUCGCUCGCGAAUAUUCUUUCAGCAAAAACCCAACCUUCAAUUCAAUUCAAUUCAAUUCAAUUUCCCAGCUGUCACUCUUUUUAGUUUUUUUUUUUUUCUUUUCAAACGACCUCUUUUUUUGUUUUUCUUCUUUCUCUCUCGCGGGUUUCGCUUUCAUCAAAUCAAAUCUCUCAUAUUUGCGUCGUGUUUCUGUUAAUUUCCGUCCAAAAGCUUCGUCCUUUUGCCUCCUCUGUAUCGUGAUUCUAGAAAGGAUGGAAGAUACAGAGGCACGUUUAGGAACUCGGGCUGUUAAUGAAACCUCUCCGGAUUUGUUGAAGAACACGCCUUCAAACAUCGCCAGGUUAGAAGAUGUAAUUGAGCAAUGCCGUGGCAGACAAAAGUAUCUCGCUCAGACCAGGAGUCCAUCGGAUGGGAGUGAUGUUCGUUGGUACUUCUGUAAAGUUCCUUUGGCUGAAAACGAAUUAGCUGCUUCAGUACCUCGCACUGAUGUAGUAGGAAAGAGUGAGUAUUUCCGUUUUGGUAUGAGGGACUCUCUUGCGAUUGAGGCAUCUUUCUUGCAGAGAGAGGAUGAGUUGCUGUCACUCUGGUGGAAAGAGUAUGCAGAAUGCAGCGUAGGGCCGAUACCACAAGUAAAUCCUAAGGAUAAAUCGAAUAAGCCGUCAGUUGAAACUCCUUCAGAAGCUUCUGUGUCCUCUAGUCUAUACGAAGUUGAAGAGGAGAGAGUUGGUGUACCUGUUAAGGGCGGUCUAUAUGAGGUGGACUUGGUGAGGAGGCAUUGUUUUCCAGUGUACUGGAACGGAGACAAUCGGCGUGUGCUUAGAGGCCAUUGGUUUGCUCGUAAAGGUGGCCUAGACUGGCUCCCAAUUCCUGAAACUGUUGCUGAACAGUUGGAGGUUGCGUAUCGUAACAAGGUUUGGCGCAGAAGAAGUUUUCAACCCUCUGGUCUUUUUGCAGCUCGUAUCGAUUUGCAGGGUUCCAGUCUGGGACUCCAUGCUCUCUUCACCGGAGAGGAUGAUACCUGGGAAGCUUGGCUUAAUGUUGAUCCCUCUGGUUUCUCUGGCAUUGUUGGAUAUACUGGGAAUGGAAUUAAGCUGAGACGCGGUUAUGCCGGCUCCUACUCUCCAAAACCUACACAGGAAGAACUACGUCAACAGAAGGAGGAAGAAAUGGAUGACUAUUGUUCUCAAGUCCCUGUUCGGCAUCUUGUGUUUAUGGUUCAUGGUAUUGGCCAAAAAGUAGAAAAGUCUAACCUUGUUGACGACGUUGGAAACUUCCGUCAAAUCACAGCAGCUUUAGCUGAACGUCAUCUAACCUCUCAUCAACGUGGUACUCAAAGAGUUCUGUUCAUCCCAUGUCAGUGGAGAAAGGGUCUAAAGCUAAGUGGUGAAGCUGCUGUUGAUAAAUGUACUUUAGAUGGUGUAAGGCGUUUGCGAGAGAUGCUGAGCGCAACUGUUCAUGAUGUGUUGUACUACAUGAGCCCUAUUUACUGCCAGGCUAUAAUUGAUUCGGUUUCAAACCAGCUGAAUAGACUGUAUCUGAAAUUUCUAAAGCGGAACCCGGAGUAUAAUGGAAAGAUUUCCAUUUAUGGACAUUCUCUGGGGAGUGUUCUCUCAUAUGACAUCUUAUGUCAUCAGCACAAUUUGUCAUCCCCAUUUCCAAUGGAUGCAGUAUACAAGAAAUUCUUUCCAGAUGAAGAAUCACCUCCAUUUCCAGCUAGCGCCGACAAACCUUGUAGUUCGCAUCAACCAUCAAAUCUUGAGCCAGAGAUAUCUAACAAGUUGAAUAACACCGAGGAGGAAAUCACAGGUGAAGAUAGUGACAUGAUGGACGACAAAAAAUCAACGGCAUUGGAGGAGAAUCACCACGAUGUUAUCCGGGAAGCUCCUUCAUCGAUCUCUGAUUCUGUUGUGGACAAUGUGAGUUUGGAGAGAAGAGGCAGCCAUGACGAUGACCAUCAUGAUUCUAGUGGUGCUAUUUCGUCACAGGAUGGACAAGAUGGAGCUGACUGUAGAACGUCUGAUUCUUCAUCAUCCUGUUCUUCAGAACAAUCAUGGGAGAAAAAAUGUGACAGUUCUAAUAACGAGGAGACAAUCAAGUUAUUACGAGAAGAGGUUAACUUAUUGAGGUCAAAAGUAGCGCAACUGCAAUCAGAAAAGGCCAGAAUAUUGACGGAUGAAAAAUUCAUGACAUCUGUGAUGCCUGAGCAACUCAUCAACGAGAAGGCGCUAACUAAAGAUGCCAAUGCACCUUCAAGCUUUACUCCUUAUAUCAAGUACCGAAAGCUCGAGUUCAAGGUUGACACUUUCUUUGCAGUUGGGUCGCCUCUUGGAGUCUUUCUCGCCCUUCGAAAUAUACGCCUUGGGAUAGGUAAGGGAAAAGAUUACUGGGAAGAGGAGAAUGUUAUCGAAGAGAUGCCAGCUUGUCGUCGAAUGUUCAACAUUUUUCACCCCUAUGAUCCUGUUGCAUAUAGAGUGGAGCCACUUGUCUGCAAAGAGUACUGUCCCCAACGACCCGUUAUUAUUCCUUACCACAGAGGUGGCAAGCGGUUGCAUAUUGGAUUACAGGAUUUCAGAGAGGAUUUUGCGGCGCGUUCACAGAGAGUAAUGAAUCAUUUUGGUACAGUAAGGACAAAAGUUCUCACAAUUUGCCAAUCCAAAAGCGCGGAUAAGCUAGAUGAGACAGAAGAAUCUGAUGACGAAAAGGAUGGAAGGUCCUAUGGUUCGAUAAUGAUGGAGAGAUUAACCGGAACUCGAGAAGGUCGAAUAGAUCACAUGCUCCAGGAUAAAACCUUUGAGCAUCCGUAUCUACAAGCCAUAGGAGCUCAUACAAACUAUUGGAGAGAUAACGAUACUGCUCUUUUCAUAAUCAAACACUUGUAUCGCGAGUUACCAGACGAACCAAACUCGCCCACGGAAUCCACGGAAGGAGAUGAUGAUAGUCCAAAAGACUCAAGUAGACCUCAUAGCUGGGUAGAGAGAACAGAGACUAAUGAUGUUGACGAAGAAGAGCUUCCUCUAACAUUCUCCAACAAACAAAUCGCAAGAAGCUUCUCUGCAGAAGCCAAGAAAUACCUGAAGAAGCCUUAAAAGACUUUGACCAUAGGUUUUAAAUAUCUGAAAUCCGGCGAAAGCUCCCUGAUUUUUGUUUUUGUUUACUGUGUGUGCAUAAAGUAACAUAUAGUGCAGAGAAUGUGAAAAAUAAAAACUUAGGCUCCAUUGUAACCAUAAUUUUACAGAUAAUAAAGAAAACGAUUGAAAGCUUCUUCCUUUGAGCUUGUUUUUUCUCUGUUAGCUUAGCUUUUCUCUCAGGUCUGGAGUUGAAGAUGUUUAGCAGACAUUGGCUGAAAAACCGAGUCAGACUCUAAAGCUGCAGCGAGUUCAGGCCACACGAUAGCAGAGACCGACCACGAGCCAUCGUUGCAGGCGCUAGGUCGUUGGUUAAGGUAACCAACUCCAAUCUUCUCAAUCGUUGAGCAAACAGUUCCAAGGAGAGGAGCACCAAAUCCAAAAUCUAAUUCAGCCACAGGGAACCGUCGUCCUGAAGACAAGACCAGAGCUGGUCCUUCUUGUCCGAGAACCACCCGAGCCAACAUCAGUCCAGGUCGGUGACUCUCGAUCCAAUCUAUCAAAUCUGUGAAAUGGGAAUCGUUUGUCACUUCGGUUAUCGAUUUAUGCACUACGUUUGCUAUCUCUGAUACAUGGUUCUGCUUCAGGCUUUCGACAUUGGCUUCACCUACAGCUACAGACAAGACGUUUCCUAUGUAGUUCGAGGUAACGGUCUCGAGUCUUCCUCUACCGUCAACAAGCCAGCCCAUCUUGCAGGUCUUGUGACCACUCUCUAUAGAAUCCACCAUUUUCUUCCACACGUAAGCGGAGAAAGCUUCGAUCUUUGUCCUUCUCUCUCCGUUCACAGUAGCUACAGCAUGCAACGCGUUUAUGCUCGAAGCAUCGAUGUGAUAGAGACGCUUGAUGAGCGUUUUGGGCGUCGGUAUGUUCUUGAUCUCUUCCUCGCUGCAUUUUAUGAACGUUCUGUCUAAGAGAGGGUGGUAACGCGGAGGAGAGCGUGCACGGAGGAGAUUUCUCCGGUGAUCUGGUAUACAUGAAACCGGCUGAUUUCUUGAUAUCUCUGACCAUAAAGUGAGGAACUUUCCGAAAGAGGUCGCGUCUCCUAAAGCGUGGUCGAAUGUGAAUGUUAAAGAGAGGCCUCCGCAUUCGAACUCUGUCGCUUGAAUCUGUAGAGCGAAGUUUGGGUUAACGUGAACCAGCUUUGCUUGGAGAAACACGUCGAGGUUGUAAAAAUCGAGACUUUUGAGAUCAAAAUUAGCUCGAGCUUCGACUAGCAAGGCUCCAUUGUUGUUGCAGAGGAUCAUAGGCUCUUCUUGAGUGGUUUCGUUUUGAAAGAUCUGACCCGCAAAAGGGUAGAAGUAGUCAAGAGCUCCGGCGAGGGAGGUUUUGAGGGAUUUGACGAUGGAAUCAAAAGAGUGAGGUUGCUUGGGGUAGAAGUAAAAGUAGGUCACCGGAAAACGGCCAGAGAGAAGGUCGAGAUUUGAGAGAGAAAGGCUAUGAAUUUUGUCCGUAUGGUCGCCGGAAGCUUUAACUAUGAACUCUCCGGUAAAACUAACAUCCAGCAUUUUCAUUUUCAGUUGGAAAAGGUGUAAAAAUCUCAAGGGAAGUUUAUCAGCUGAAUGAAAAUGAUACUUAUAAAAAGAAAUUAUUUUUAUUCGGUUUGUUUUGUGAUAAAUAUUCAAAAGGAAUGAUCAUUAUUCGUU